AUGCAUAAGCUCUACCCUACAACCAGACAAAAUCAUAUCAGAACAAAACACUCUUACUCAGACCCGGAAAACCAUGAUCCAAAAUCGAAAUAUCCCCAUUUAGACUCGACACUCAACCCACACCCGAGCCGAACCAAAAUCAAAACUUAUUCAUAUGGACCAAAUGAGAAUCAUCAAGUGAAGGGAAACCGAAACAAGGAGAAGAAUGAAAGAGAUUGGUGUUUGGUUGGUCGACGCAGCGUUGGGGUGCAGUGUUCACAGGAAGCACGGGGAUUUGCGAUGAAGCUCGUGGUGGCCGCUGGCGGUGCAAUUCGCGGUGGUUUAGGAGAGGGAGCUACUGGUGAAGGUGGAAAAGCGUUAUUGAGGCUGGGAAGUGACUCGGCCAGUAGUGGCUCGCGGUGGAGAAUCGACCUAGGGAAGGAGGUCGCGACAAAAUCGCGGUGGGUCUUGGGUGGCACGCGUAAUGGGCUGUAG